UUGUCUCUCCGACGUCAGAUUUCUGAUCCAACGGCGCGCGCAGUUGCCUCUGGAAGACCGAAGCGAACCCGGCUCCUCACAUACCGCACACCUCGCCACGAAACGCCGGAAACCCCCUCCGCCGCCGCCGCCUCCUCCUCCUCCUACCAGAUGGCGGCGGCCUCGCCGGAGAGCAGGCCUCCUCGCUCGCUCUUCGACCUCCCCGCGGACUUCUUCGAUUCUUCUUCCCUCCUCGGAUCCCACCCUUCCUCGGCCCCCUCUGCGGCGGAACCGUCCGAGUCCAUCCGGCCGGCGGCGGCCCCGCCUCUAUCGCAGCCGUCGGAGGCUCCGGGGUUGAGGUGGACAUGCAACACCUGCGCCUCUGAAUUCGAGUCGCUGCAGGAACAGCGCGAGCACUUCAAGUCUGAUCUCCAUCGCCUCAACGUCAAGCUGAGCAUUGCUGGUAAAACUAUUAUCAAGGAAGAUGACUUAGACAAAGCAGAUCCCGAUUCUCUGUUCGAUGAUUUGGAGGUAUCUAGUGUAUCUGGAUCAGAGGAUGAACUUGAAAAUGGGCCUGCAUCAGAUCGUGGUCUCUCAGCCAAAGACAAGGGAGAAUUCAGGAAGAAACUUUAUUUUCGCUGUCAUUCUGGUGACACAGUUUCUAUCUGGAGAUGCAUACUGUUGAAAGAACAUGAAGAGCCAGUUUUCAAUAGCAAGUCUGGUCAGACAGAAAGUCAUGGAUCUACACCAUUUGUACAAGAGGAUGAAAUGCUAAAUAGAGUGAAGAAUUUGACAUCUGAGCCUCGUGAUGCAUCACGUUUGAGGAUCAUUCUACUAACAAGUGGUGGACAUUUUGCUGGAUGUGUUUUUGAUGGAAACUCAGUCAUAGCCCAUAAAACAUUUCAUAGGUAUGUUGUAAGGGCAAAGGCUGGAAAGAGGCAGUCUGGGAAAGAUGCUACUGGGAAGGUUGCACAUUCAGCAGGCUCAUCUCUUCGCCGUUAUAAUGAAGCGGCAUUGAAAAAGGAAAUUCAAGAAUUAAUAGCUUCUUGGAAGUCAUACUUUGACCUUUGUGUCUGUGUCUUUAUGUAUGCUCCGUCAAAGAACCGUCAAAUGCUCUUUGAUGGGGAUAAGACUCAGUCGGUAUUGCAGGCUUGUGAUAUUCGUCCAAUCCCAUUGACUGUUCAUCGGCCCACCUUGAAGGAAGCAAAACGGUUAUAUACUAACCUAACACAGCUCUGUUAUGAGAUGGAAUGCUUGAGUACGGAUGAACCCCAUGUAGAGGAUGUGACAAGUUUUGAACAAAGUAAAGAGGCAAAGCAGAAAAAAAUUAUGGAUUCUGAGGAAUCUAUUUCUGUCUCGUCCUUAAGUUUGGACUUGCCAAAUAAGCACGAAGGGACAUCCAUACAUCCAUCUAAUAAUGAAACAACGCCUCUUCACGAAGCAGCAAAGUCUGGCAAUGCUCAGCAAACACUGGAGUUGCUUGAGCAGGGUUUGGAUCCUUGUAUUAAAGAUGCAAGAGGAAAAACACCUUACUUGCUGGCUUCGGACAAAGAAGUUAGAAAUACAUUCAGAAGAUUUAUGGCACUCAACCUAGACAAAUGGGAUUGGCAUGCGGCUGAUGUGCCUAGUGCACUAACAAAGGAAAUGGAAGAAUCACAAGCUGCAAAGCAGGCAGAGAAGGAUGCCAAGAAGAAGGCAAGAGCAAAGGAACUGAAGAAAUUGAAGAAAGCAAGAGAAAAGGAAAAGGAGAAAGAAAAAGAAAAGGCACAAGCAUCACAGUCCCAAAGGACCCAAUCUAAUGUAAGAGGCACUUCAGCUGGUCAAAUGGCCAAUGCAACUGCUUCUAUGCCAGGCCUGAAACAAAAGCAUCAGCUGCCCCAGCCUACGGCACUUUCGAAAGAGGAGGAACGACAAAGGAAACUCGCCGAGGAAAGAGAGAAAAGAGCAGCCGCAGCCGAAAGAAGAUUUGCGGCUCUGGCGGCACAAUCAAGUAGCACAUCAGGGACAGCAGCAGCAGAACAUCCCCCACAGAGAGCAGCCGCGGCAGACGAUACUUCUUGUUCGUGCUGUUUUUCUUCCUUGGUCGGCAAAGUACCAUUCCACAGGUACAAUUACAAGUACUGCAGCACCACAUGUAUGCAUCUUCAUUCAGAAAUGCUGGAAGAUGAUUGAGGAAAUCAGGAAAUUGUAUGACGAGAGACAUGAGAUUUAAUUAUACCUUUCACCUGUUUUUCUUAUGCAUGAGAUUCAAUAACAGGUCUAUCUACCAGUCUUGCUUAAUCUUUAGCUAAUCCGAAUCUUGUUACAAAUUUCCAAAUUC